GGAAUCUUCAUCUCUAUUUACUUCUGUAUUGUGCGGAAUUGAAUCGCGGAAAACUAGCUAAAAUGUGCUCUAGAAACGUUAAAACCAGACAAUGAAGCUAUAUUGGUGUACCUAGGGAACAACUCGGGUAGCUACAGCCUCCAUCGAGGCAAUUGCAAGUGGAAUUUUCCCACAGCGAGUGGGCGGUGGUGGGAGUUAAUGAAAGAGAGGGGGCGACGACGCCAGAGGGAGAGUGUGUGAAACUGGUGCAAUAUUAUUAAAUUGUAGGCAAUGCAUCUGCCGGAUCGAAGCCGCUUCACGCGAGCCUAUAUUUAGCGCAUGACGCAUGGUCAGCCAGUGGGGAGUGCUCUGCGAUCUCGUUAGAUAGAAGCUGUGCCUCCAAUGUCAUCCAAGUAUCAGACGGCGAAUAGUGAUGCCAUCGCCUUGCCCGCGUACCCACUAAUCCCGAGCAGGGACCCAAGGGAUCAACGCAAGUCGCAAAGUAAUAAGCAACGAGAGCCAUUCGUAUUCUUCAUAAUGCGGCUAAAUUUGAAAGCAGUGAUGCUCGUUUUAACCGUGGCCGUGGUGGUGAUAACCUUAGGCGUUUACAUGCGAUGUGCCGCCUUCUCAUUUUCACCGGACUUUGUGCGUCAGUUUAAUCGGCACCAUGAGAGUCAAUCCUCCAGUGCUGCGCAAACCUCGGAUGCGCUGCAGGACAUUGAGUGCUCCAUCAAUCAGGAGUACAGCGUUCACUGCAAGCGAGAUGAGAAUGCCAACGAGGUGUACGUGCCCUUCUCCUUCCUACGCAAUUACUUCGAUGUGAGCGGGGCAGUCACAACCAGCGGCACUGAGGUGGCCAAAUUCAAUUGGAUGCACAGCACAGCCAAGGUUAAUCUGCCCAAGGGCAAGUACGAUGCCCGUGGCGUGUUCAUGUACUUUGAGAACUACAACGUAGAGGUGCGCGAUCGGGUGAAGUGCAUCAGCGCCGCCGAGGGAGUACCCGUGAGCACGCAGUGGGAGAAACGGGGCUACUUCUACCCCACGCAAAUAGCCCAGUUUGCCCUAUCCCAUUACAGCAAGAAUCUGACGGAGCAGCCGGCCCGAGUGCACGUUCUGGAGGAUGGCGAUGGCUCUCAGAUGGAUUGGACAACGCCCAAGACCAGUAAUAUGACACGCAUCUGGCAUCAUAAGUUCAACACCAGCGUGGUUCAGUUCGAGACGGCCAUUGGCUACGAGAGCGCCAUCAGCAUUGCGCUCAACCAGACGCUGGAUCUACUUCUGAGCGUGGAUCUGCUCCUGGUGACCAACAGCAGCAGCCUUAUGGUCACGGUCCAGAACCGUGACACCAAGCACAGCUAUAACCUCCAUUAUAUUCCCGCCGAUCUUCUGCUCAGUGUGCAGGACUCGAACAUCUAUUACGGAUUGGGUGCAUCGGCUCUGAACAAAUGGCGCCACAUCACCCGGGAUCUGCACAUCGAUGUGCAGAAGGGCAUUGUGCUCGGGGACAAGCGAUCACCGCUUAAGGUACGCCGCUCCGAUUUGGAAGUGCUGUCUGUCGCCUUCCUGGGCAUCGGCUUCUACGACAACAUUACGUUGUCCACCAGCGAGCACAUGGCGCAUUUCUAUGAUGCUGCCGAAUGGUUUGUCCACAAUCAGGACCCCAAGUCAGGUGGCUGGACGAACCCUGUGCGCCGCAGUCUCAAUGGUUUUGCCGAGCUGCGUCCAGGUUGGAUUUCGGCCAUGGGCCAGGGCCAUGCCAUAUCCGUUUUGGCGCGAGCGUACUGGCAUUCCGGUGGCGAUGAGCGGUACCUCAAGGCAGCUGCAGCAGGACUCCAGCCAUACAGGGUAUUCUCGCAGGACGGCGGCGUUCUGUCGCAGUUCAUGGACAAAUUCUAUUGGUACGAGGAGUAUCCCACAACGCCGCCAUCCUUUGUUCUGAACGGUUUCAUCUAUUCGCUGUUGGGUCUCUACGAUCUGAACAGCACGGCGCCAGCUAAAAUCGCACGAGAGGCUGGCCAACUGUUUGCCCAGGGCAUGUACUCGCUGAAGAAGAUGCUUCUGCUGUACGACACGGGCUCCGGCACCAGCUACGAUCUGCGGCAUCUCAGCCUUGGUGUGGCACCAAAUUUGGCACGCUGGGACUACCAUGCAACGCAUGUGAAUCAACUGCUACUUUUGGCCACCAUUGACAGCGAUCCGCUGAUUGCACAGACCGCUGAGCGCUGGAAGGGCUAUAUGUUUGGCAAGCGGGCCAAGCACAACUGAGAACUAAGGAAACUGGCGACCUAUCGUCGUCGAAAAAGUGAUAUUUUGUAAGGCUUAUUCAUAAUGCUUAACCAUUCUAAAUGGUUGCAUCUUGUGCCGUGCCCUUUCCACAUCCCCACACUCCCGUUUCGGACCAUCGCUCGUAUGAUUUUCGUCCUCGUCCUUGUGCUUAAUAUUUGAUUUAUGAAUAUGUUGUAAUAAGCUAAUGUUUAAUGUUAAGCUAAUGUACCUUUAGCUUCGAUUGCUGUUGGCCUCAUCUUUAAUCAUCUGUUGACCCAUCUUGAUAGCGUAAUUGUUUCC